AUGGUUCUGUGCUGCCGGCAGGGUCCGGGACGCCGCAGCCCGUGGAACUCGGAACUGGCCCCGGGUUGCCCCGGCGCGGCAACACCCCAACACCGGAGCCGUGGCCCCUUCCUCGGACGGGAGGGGGCCCUGCAGCUUAUGGAAGAGACGAUGAGCUUGGAAGAGGGGAAGGACAAUGCUACUGUGGGCAUGGGAGAGCCCCAGGCCGGGAGUGGGGCCAGCCAGACCACAGAGCAGGAGCUGCUUGGCACAGCAAGUGAGACAACCUAUUCCAAGGGCAGUCCGAGCGCUCCACCUGGCAGAACUCAGCUCGUCUGCUGCACGGACAACCUUGAUCAAGACACCUUUAAAAUUUGCAAGGAGUUUUUGAGACCUUUCAAAAAGUCACUUCGGAAACUACACUUGCCCCAGCACCUCGCCGGAGAGAAAAAACUGAAGUACACUAAGGAGAGCUUGACCUUACUCGGGGACCACAUCAACAUGUUUCUUCAGCAACACUGUAAACCCUCAGAAGUCAAGCACUGGAAGAAGAUGCUGUGGAGAUAUGUCUCCCUCUUCUCGGAGAUGGACGCGAGACGGCUGCACAGGCUGUAUAAGUACGCCAAGAACAACCAAAUGGAUAAGUUUCUGGUAAGCAGCCAGGAAAGUUAAAACCCAUCAAGGUCUUCCUGCUUUAAAAGGAUACCUAUACCAUGGCUGGUCAGUGUCAA